GGGCAUGAAGGAAUAGCUGGGUCAGUUUUACUCUCCUUGGAAGCACGUUUCCUUAGACAGUGACGUUCCUAAAUCCACCUAGGGGGGCUGGAUGUGUAUGUCACUAUAUACUCUUUUAAAACCCCUUCUCAAAACCCCACUUUCCGAAGCGUGGUCUGCUGAUAAUCAAGUUGUUUCUCAUCCCCACAGUCUGUAUUCUGCACAGACUUGCGUUUCCGUAGCUUUGCUGGAGUUCAGAAGUUUGAGCUGCCACUGAAGCACUGGCUGUGCAGAGGCGGGGUUUCCCCGCUCCAAUGAGGCGCCUUCAGGCUGGGGAAGGCCUAUCGUCUUUCACAGGAGUGCUCACUCUGAUCCAGGCAAUAGCCACGCAGCCUGUCUUAUUGUUUGUGGAGUCCUGUGGAUGCCAGCUCCGGGCAGGGAAAGAGGCCAGUGGGCGGUUUACGAUUCUGCGCUGGGCUGCGACAAGUGAGCUGAACUCUGAUUUCUCCCAAGUCACCUGCUCGGGUGAACUCUAAACCGGGCGCCUGGGGGACGCUGAAUCUCUCUCUCCAGUGAGGAGCUCCUGUCUGCCACACGCUCUGGCUGGCUUUCCGCCCUUGCAGGGAAAGAUGCCUGGGAGAGGCGUAGGAUUACAGGUUGGGAUGCUAGGUGCACACCAAAGAGUCGGAGUGCCUUGGUUCUGUUCUUUGCAAAGUCCUGACAAGUGUUCCUGAAAUGAACACCCUGCUUGAUUUUUUUUUUUAAAUUGUACUUUUAUUUAUUUUUGUUUUAUUGGGGGGCGUGGCUAUCCCUAAUCUAGAAACCAAGUACCACAAUGUGGCCGGAGUAAAAAUAAUUGUUGUUUUUUUUAACCCUCGAUUUCCCUUUUCUUUGUCAUUGAGUGACAUAGACACAAUCUUUCUGCAUAAAGCCGUGCCUGAUUCUCAGCAUUGUCUGAGCAAGUGGGAAGGAGCAGGCUCAUUUAAAGGACCUGGACCAAUUUUUAAAAAGCAGCUUUUUGUUUUCUGGGCUGUCCUUUGUCUGUAGUGGAUUUUGAUGUGAAAGAAGAUGAAAAAGGAAGGCUCUUCGGGUUCCUUCAGACUCAAGUCAAAUUCAGGCUCGCUCUCACGUGCUGUGAGUUGGGUAAAUUUCUCCUCCCUGUCCAGGCAGACAAAGAGGCUGUUUCGCAGUGACGGGGAGCUCUCGGCUUGCGGGCAGCAGGUGGAGGCGGAUGAUGAGAACUGGACGUACAGAACCCAGCCCAGAAAAGCGGUUUCCAACCUAGAUGAGGAGAGUAGAUGGACUGUCCACUACACUGCUCCAUGGCACCAGCAGGAGAAUGUGUUCCUUCCUGCCACAAGACCCCCCUGCUUGGAGGACCUGCACCGCCAAGCCAAGCUCAACCUCAAAUCAGUACUGAGGGAUUGUGACAAACUGCGGCGGGAUGGCUCCCGGAGCUCCCAGUACUACUCCCAGGGCCCCACCUUCGCCAGCUCUGGUCCACCCAGCGACGAGUAUCAAGGUGAAGAUGAAGAAGCAGAUCAGAAGUGUUCUCUCUCUUCGUUGGAAGAGGAAAGACUUAUUUCCAUCAGGAGACCUAAAACGCCAACCUCAGGUGACUUCCCUGAUCUUAACACUCAAACGAACUGGGCCAAGUCACUUCCCUUGCCAACACCAGAAGAGAAGAUGCGCCAGCAGGCGCAGACUGUCCAGGCUGAUGUGGUUCCCAUCAACAUAACCGCAUCGGGCCCCAGCCAAGAUGGUGUUGGUGGUCACUCGGUGUACUCUCCAGACUGCUACUCGACACUAGGAAGGCUUGACUGCUAUCGGUCUGUUGGGCAGCACUUCGAAACCAGGGACUCCAGCUGUCAGACUGAGGAAGUGAAAGUCGUGCCGCCUUCCAUGAGGAGAAUCAGGGCACAGAAGGGGCAGGGCAUCGCUGCCCAGAUGAGCCACUUCUCCGGCUCCUCCGGGAACAUGUCUGUGCUGAGCGAUUCUGCCGGCAUUGUGUUCCCCUCUCGCCUCAACAGCGAUGCCGGUUUCCACAGUCUUCCCCGCUCCGGAGCCAGGGCCAGCAUUCAGUCCCUCGAUCCCCGGCUGGGUACCCUGGGCCCUGCAGAAGACCUGGAUGGCCCGUUCCCCUACCAGAGGGGUAACCCACAGGCAGAUGAAAACUUAGGAAGUGCCUCAAGGACUGGAACACUGUUAAGGCCCAAGUCCCAGGAGCUGAGGCACUUUGAGAGUGAAAACAGAACAAGCCCAGCACGUGUGGUGUCUCCUCAUGGGACCUACUCCACCAGCAUCAUCCCCAAUGCCACCCUCUCCUCCUCCUCGGAGGUUAUUGUUAUUCAUACUGCUCAGAGUUCAGGGCAGCUGGACAGUAAAAUUAGCAGCUCCUCCUCACACACGAAGAUGAAAUCCAGAGGCCACCUCCUCCCCAGACGCUCCGGUGAAGAUGACCAUCAGUCUCCCAAUGGCACCUGGAGUGAGGGUCACCCCACCAUUGUUUCACGGGCUUUAGAGCCCCAUCCACCCGGUGCAGCCAUGCUCUUGUCCCUCUGUGAUUCAGCAGUCUCUCUCAGUACCCCAGCACAUCAGGAGAGGGGAGCCCAAGCCAUGACCUACAACUGUAGAAAGAACCUGAGCUUCCCCGCCCACCCCCAGGAUGUGGAUGGCAAGAGUGAGUCCAGCUACUCAGGAGGCAGGGGGCACAGCAGCGUGGAGCCCUGGGAAUACAGUGCCUCGGGGAGUGGGCGGGCAUCCCCACUGAAGCCUCAUUUGGCAACUCCUGGUUGCUCCACUCCUGUAAGUAACGUGAGCAGCAGCAGUUUGGACCAGACGUCCAACAAAGAUGACGCCAGGUCCCUGUAUUCGGAGGACCACGAUGGCUACUACACAUCUAUUUACCCUGAUGCCGGACACAGGUCCAGGAAUCUGUGCAGAAGCAGCAACGGCUUUGGGAACCCCAGGCACAGCGUGGUCAAUGUUUUUGAUGGAAGAACUCAGAAGAACCAAGGGGACCAGUCCAAUGGCCUUGAAAAAACCCUUUCUCGAAACAUCUCUUUGAAGAAAGCAAAGAAGCCUCCGCUGCCACCUUCUCGGACGGACUCUCUGCGCAGGAUCCCCAAGAAGAAUGCCCAGACCAAUGGGCAGGUGCUAAACGAGAGCCUCAUCGCCUCGCUCCAGCACUCGCUGCAGCUGAACCUCCCUGGCAAGGGCGGCCUGUCGCCCUCCCAGAGCCCCUGCAGCGACCCGGAGGAGCCCUGGCUGCCCCGCUCCCGCAGCCAGAGCACCGUGAGCGGGGGCAGCAGCCUGACGUCGGCCACCACGCCCAACGUCCACUCCCUGUGCGGGGUCACCCCGUCGCAGAGCGACACGAGCAGUGUCAAGUCCGAGUACACGGACCCUUGGGGUUACUACAUUGACUACACGGGCCUGCAAGAAGACGCUGGGAACGCUGGCGGGGGCUGUUCGGCCAGCAAUGGGGCUCCAACUGGAAACGGGCCGGUCCGCCACGUCCAGGAGGGCUCCAGGGCCGCCGUGCCCCAGGUGCCUGGCGGCUCAGUCAAACCAAAGAUCACCUCCCCGGAGAAGUCCCAUAGAGUCACUUCUCCGUCCAGUGGGUAUUCCAGCCAGUCGAAUACACCCACAGCCCUCACCCCUGUGCCUGUGUUUUUAAAAUCAAUGUCACCAGCCAACGGGAAGGGGAAGGCCAAGCCCAAGGUCCCAGAAAGGAAGUCCUCCCUGGUGUCCUCGGUGUCCAUCUCCUCGUCGUCCACGUCCCUGUCCUCGAACACGUCCACAGAGGGAAGCGGGACUGCGAAGAGGCCAGACACGGUGCCGGCCCCGCUCCCUGCUCUUCCUCCUCUCCCGUCUCUCCCGUCUCCGUGCCCUGCAGACAAGUCUCCUUUUCUUCCCCCUCCCCCGCCUUUAGCAGAUUCCCCCGAGGGCCCCCCUCUGCCUCGGUCUCCCCUUUUCCCCCCUCCACCACCAGAAGCCCUCACACCCUUCUGUCCUGCUGACGUGUGCUUCCCCCCUCCCCCCGCCACACAUAGCCCCCUUCUGGACUCAUCUGCCCCGGUGCUGUCCCCUCCACCGUCUGCACCCUCCGUGGCUCCCCCUCCUGCCCCACCCCUUGACCCCAAAUUGAUGAAAGAUGCCAGGCCUUCUUUCAAAAAGUGGAGCCAGCCAGACUCCCCCCAGGAGGCCUUUGGCCAGCCCGUGACUAAGGGGGAGGGCGGCAGGCCCCCCAUGCCCCUGAUAACCACAGAAGCCCUGCAGAUGGUGCAGCUGAGGCCGGUGAAGAACUCAGGAACCGAGGGAGCACUGUCGCGCGAACAAGCAUCUCAGGAAAAACGAACUCCGGUUGUGCCCCAGUAUCAUUUAAAGCCAUCUGCUUUCCUGAAAUCCCGAAAUAGCAUAAAUGAAAUGGAGAGUGAAAGUCAGCCUGCCUCCGUGACAAGCUCGCUUCCGACUCCUGCCAAGAUCAUGAGUCAGGGUCACCAGGACGGUGCAGCCGAGCGUGGCCUCCCGAGCAGCAGCCCAGGCGGCGCUGGGGAGGCAGAGGCUGGGCCGGGCCCCGGGACCACACCGCUCCAGAGGGCCCCUGGACCUUCGCCCAGCAAAAAGCCGCCCCCCAUUUCCAAGAAGCCCAAACUGUUCCUGGUGGUGCCACCUCCACAGAGAGAUUUCACAGUGGAGCCAGCAGAGAACGUGAGCGGAGUGGCGCCCAGCCCCACGAGGGGAGAGGCCAGAGAGAGUUGUGCAGCCGGGGCUGGUUGUGAUGAAACCGACUCUGGCAGCUCGGUCCUUGAGGGAGGAGCUGCAGGAUCCACGUCCCCAGGCAGAGUGGAAGCCAAUGUCCCCAUGGUGCAGCCCAAUGCUUCACCAGCCCCCAAGCAGGAGGAGCCAGGCACCGAGGACAGUGCGGACCGUGGGGACCGUGUGGAGGAGAGCUGCCUGUCUCUGCAGGACCCAGGGCCUGGGGCGCCGGAGACCGCUGCGGCCGGCCCUUCCUCGGAGAUCUUGGACUUCCUUCAGGAGGAAGGGAGUGAUGAGGCGAUGACCCCCAGCCGACCCCGGACCACGGAAGACCUCUUUGCAGCUAUUCACAGAUCCAAGAGGAAAGUCCUUGGCCGUAAAGAUUCAGAGGACGAUCACACCCGAAACCAUUCUCCCUCCCCACCAGUGACACCCACGGGUGCUGCCCCCAGCCUCGCCUCCCCAAAGCAAGUGGGAUCAAUUCAGAGAAGUGUCCGUAAGAGCAGCACCAGCAGUGACAACUUCAAAGCUCUGCUGCUGAAAAAGGGGAGUCGGUCAGACACCAGCGCCCGCAUGUCCGCAGCUGAGAUGCUCAAGAACACAGACCCUAGGUUCCAGAGGUCAAGGUCGGAGCCUUCCCCGGACACUCCCGACAGCCCAUCCAGCUGUUCCCCAAGCAAGAGCAGAAGGGCCCAGGAGGAGUGGGCCAAGAACGAAGGCUUGAUGCCUCGGAGCCUGUCCUUCUCAGGCCCCAGGUACGGCCGAAGCCGAACCCCACCGUCGGCGGCCAGCAGCAGGUACAGCGUGCGGAACCGGAUCCAGAGCAGCCCCAUGACCGUCAUCUCGGAAGGCGAGGGGGAAGCCACGGAGCCUGGAGACAGCAGGGCUCGCUGUGCCCUGGGCGCGGCCAGGGGCUGUUCGCUGGACGGGCUGGCGGGGGAAGAAGUGCACGAGGACAGCCUGCGCUGUGGCCCUGCCGGUGGGACAGUCAGUGCCCAGGGCAGGGAUCCGUCGGAACAGUGUGGAGGUCCCCUGAGGGAGGAGAGUUAGGGGCGAGAACAGGAGCCUCCCGCAUGACACGGGGGAGACGCACAGCACAUCGCUCCAGGAAGCCUGCGGGGUGCCCUCCCCUGCCUGCCCGGGGAGCCCACUUGGCGCUGUGCUGGGGCCCCGGGCACUGCCCCGCCCGCGGUGGGUGAGGGUGAUUUGGGACUCACUUGGCACUUGCCCUGGGGCGUAAAAGCAAGUAGAAGCUUAACUUCUGAAAGCGCUUCCUGGGGAAGAUGUUUGUGUGUGUGCUAAAUGCUGGGGGGGUGUGCACAGGUGUGUAUGUGUGCAUUUUGAACACUUUUUAGGUAAAAAAAUACACAGGCACACACAAACAACAUGUACAGGCAUAUGAGGAAAAAAGACAGUUAUGCUAGGUGGAGUGAUGGAGGCUUCUGGACUGGUGGUGAGCGCUUUAGAAGCAUGGUUCUGGACAUGAGCGCAUUCCAGAAGGAGGGGACCAUCACUUCUAAGAGGGGAUAGAUUUGCUGGCUCUGAGUGCACAGAACACGUGGGUGUGUGCACAGGUGUGCUUUCGCGGUUCACCCAAAAGGCUGGGAAAGGGCUAAGUGACUAAUUGGUUCAGGUACUUUUUUCUGGGGAAAAAAGGCUUUGUUUCUUUUUUGUAAAAAUGACAGACAUGUGGAAGGGGCAACGCUAUAACUCAGAGCCUGCUGCUGUGCAGCUACAGACAACCUUCAGCCUGACUUAGAAACGGGGGUCAUUUUUUUACUGAAUUUCCUGCUUGAGGAUCGAGGACCUCCGAGAACUGAAAUGAGGGUUUGCACGUGCAGAAGGUGGGAGUGAGAGAAGGCAGAGGGGCGGGGGAUACACUGCUGCAAUUCGUUUCCUGCUUAUGAAAGAAAACUAUUUUUCAGAAUUAGAUUUGAAAACUUGCACUACAGAACUGUGGGCGGAGCUUUUCCUUGCACAACUGUUUUUACCAGAGUUUAAACUUCCAUUUGGCAAUUUCUUAUCACUUGAAACGUCAACAUUUGCUAACUUUUGGAUACCCUUUUGGUUACACCAAAGAAAAAGUUAUGGCUAUUUUUCCUUGAACUGCCUGCAGUAUCUUGUCCUCACUGAGAGAGGUUUAUUGAAAUCUAUUAUAUAUUACCUUACUUGGACGAAAAUGCCGAAUAGCUCUUGUUAGUCUAAUAAACUGAUAAAAAAUGGCAGGGCUUGGCUAUUAAUUAGCCCUGAAAAAUGAGUUUUUAGAUUAAAAAGAUUUUUUUGCAUCAUGUGGUUUGUGCGUUUUUAUGUUUUAUAAAUAAUUGAGUUAGGUAAUUACCUUCUAAUCUUCUUCAGUCAGAAUGUUAACACUUCUAGACAUGGGGAAACGUAUGUGAACCAUUUAUUCUUAUGUCAUAUUCUUGUGACCCCUCUCCCCGCUCCCUCCCAACUACCCUGGACUUGAUUUGUUGGUGAAAUAAAAUCAGAGUCUUGUCUCCUUCACUAGAAGGACCUAGGUGGCAAUGCUGUAAUUCUUGGAUGACAUACCAGACAGCUGCCUGUUGUCAUCUUUUCUGGUAUGCAAAUGUCAUCUAAAAGUUGGACCACACAGGCCAAAUCAUCAUAAGGUUUAUACAGUAAAACCUCAGAUACUCAGUUUAGACAAGUCUUUGAGAGAAAAGAGAAAAAACACCUAAAGAAUUAAGGCUCCUUCUGUUCUCUGAAGAAAACAAAACACUUCGUUUCAGACACAGCCAGAAAUCAAGACCUGACAUUUGGCCAAAAGCAAAUGGCUUUUUACCUUUUGGGGCAGUUGCCUACUACAAGGAUUUUUCUUCUUCUUAAUUUUAGAAAAGUGGUGUUGGCUUUUGAAUAUGAAAUCUCCUCGUCGCUACCUAGAAAAGAUUAGAAUGUACGUAGCUACCAGAAAAUUUUAAGUUAAUAUACAGAUCAUAUAUGUUUAAGGUGAGAUAAACGACAUCAAAACUAAUUAUAAAAAUAUUUUUAAAAAACCGUUUUUAACGGAAAAAGUAUAUUAGGUUUUUAAAUUUGCUUUGAAUAAAACAGUUGUAAAGUAAACAUUUGAACGUUACUUCUUUUUGUAAGUACAUGCAUUUUUUAAUAAUGAGAUAGGUCUUCUUGUACAGAGCUGUUGAGUGCUUUGCUGGAUGCGAACAGAACAGCAGUGAAGACCAGAAGGUGCCUGUGGGAGGUGGGACCUAACAGAGAAGAUCUGGAACAUCACAGACACUGUGGAUGAUGCCAUCUAAAAGGACAUGUGGAAAAACAACUCUAAGUAAUGUCCUGUGGAUUUGAAUAAAAUAUGAAUAAUGUAUUGACUGAUAGUUCAGAUGUUGUGAUGUGGAGAGAUGCAGGAACGUUUCCCAGGCGUGGAUGAACUAUAGGGAGACGAGCCUAGACUCAUUCCUGAACCACAUGGCAUCGUCAGCUUUGCUGCUGUGGGGCCAGCCGCUGCUAACGGAUCAUGUCAUACCUAAAAGCUCAGAGAGGGUAGGCUUGACCCUGCCUUGUACCCCGAGACUGUUAAGUACCAGAUAGUCAGACACAAGCCCCAGGCCUAAAUUAUUUCCACUUCAGUUUUUCUAAAAGUUGGGAGAGAAACAAAUGCCCAUUUAGUUUGUCCAUUGGGAGCAGCCUCAACUUCAGUGUGAUUUCUGCCCUCCUGUUUCUGAAGAGUAUUGAUUGAAACCAUUGCUUCUCAUGUGCGGAUGAGCCUGUGUGUUUGACGAAUGACAAGGACAAGGAAAGAAGAGGUGGUGGCUCUGUGUCUCUCAUUCCCCACCCAACACCACACCCAGCUCUGGUGGAUAUUCUGGAAGGACAGCUGAGGCUCGGGAUUGACUUUAUUGGGUCUGUCUUAAUGUGUUUUCAGUACAUUAAAUGAAUGAAUGAUUUACAUUGCUGAGGCUUUAUCAUGAAAUAAGCACAGCAGGAUAAUUUACUUUGGCAGAUAUUAGGAUAUUGUUGUGGGGACAGGAGGGGGUGUUAAUUUUGGAUAAAGCCUGGACCUGAUUCUUGAGGUCUGUUUUUCUGUAAUAAGUUAUUCAGUUACUAUACUGUAGUCUGUUUCACUGAGCUGCUUAAACUACCUUCCACCUUUAUUUACAGAACAAAGACUAGAAGCAAUUUGUAGUCAUUUGUCAAGCAAUGAAAAAAAAAAGCCGUUUAUUAAAUACUUCUAAUGUC